UUCGGGUGUUUGUGUUUACAUUGGCGCGAGUUGAGUUCUUGUGAAUGUAAAUAAAAAAUGUCGAUCUGAAAGGUACUGCAAACCAAAAUCCCCUCCCAGUGGUGCUUUUUGAUGCGCUGGUGGCAGUCGUGCAGCGGGACAAAAACACGAUGAGUGCUUCCGAGGGUCACUGGGAACCCCUAGCAGAGAUUUACCUGUCGCAUCCGUUGGUGAAGGAUAAGAAGAAAAGCAUCUAUUGCCUGUGCAGUCGUGUAUUCAUCAAAAACUACUACGAUGUUUACGUGUCCACCCUGGAACGUGGUGAUUCCGUGCCCUUGAUUCCAUCGAUGGAUACCAUCGGUCAAACGGAGCCGUCGUCUUGCUCUCCGGUGGCUGUAAAAACGGCAGAAUCUAAAGCUGCUGCUGCUGAUGGCGUAGCGCAAAAGGUACAAUAUUUGGCUGGGGGUCAUACACCCGACGAGCUGCUGGAUGUGCUGGAUCGCGCUGAGGUGGACGACGUGUUUAUCGAGGAACCAUUGGUAAAGCAGCUAAGCUUCGGGCGGGAUGGUGUGCGCAAAAUGCCUUCCAAGUGGGGUGAUCGCGAUGCGGGCACUACCAGUGACGCCAGCUGCUACUUCAGUGCCAGUGCUAGCCACUCCGAUACCAACUACUGCAGCACCGAUGAGCACGAGCACGUGCUGUACGCUUCUGGCGCAGGUUCGCAAAACGUGGCGACGGGUUUGAAGACGACGGGCAACUCCACCACCACCGUGAGAAGUUUUGUAACAUCCGGGCUACACUCCAGCGAUAGCGGUGCUGACCUGUCGGAACGAAUCCAUGAACGGAAACUAUCGCUCAAGGAUGAGCUGCUCGAGAGCGGUCGGACGAAUAGCGACGAUAACGAGCGCAAUGCGGGAUGUGGUGGUGGUGGUGGUGGCGGUGGGCAUGUGCCAUCCGCUGCAUUAAUGGAACGUAACAACAGUCUUCCGGAGGCAUUCGGACGGGAAGAUCUGCACGAUGCAUGGGAAACGUACUGGAGCAAGCACGGUGAAGCAAUAAUCUGGGCGUCUUGGAUCGAAAAGUACAGUGAUUACAUCAACCCGGAGUACCUGGAGCCGGAAGAUCACGACCAGGCCACCGGAACCAAUACACCGCACGACAAAAGUGAAGCCACACCGGGGACCGCAACCGAGGUGGAUAAAGACUUUUCGUUCGACAACGAUGCAAUCACGACCACCAGCAUGCAAAUCGUUGUGUCCGCCUGUUCACCGCAUCCCUACACAAAGUCCACCUAUCAAUCGGCACACUGGCCCUUGCCUUUCGGUGACGGUGCAGCGGGAGGCAGUGGCGGUGGCGGCGGUACCGGAGACGAUGCGCUUUGGUGCGCGCACCGUUCCGGUAGCUGCGAAAAUGAAGCGCUCCUAAGUCCGCGGUGCGAUUCGGUUACGUCGAGCAUACCGCUUACGGUAGGCACUACCGAUUCCAUGACCAAUGUCACGCGCAUGACAAUUUCUAGCUACGACUUUUGUAGCUCCAAGGUAAGCUCGGAUAGCUCGAAUCUGUCCGAGAGUCUCAGCUCGGAAAUGUCCAACGAAAGCUCGAACAGCUCCGAUAUGCUCGAAACGGAGUAUCUGGUCGGUGGUGGGAAUCGAACGACCGGAGCACCGAUACCGCCCGACGAAGAGGCGGCGAUGGAUGGCGAGCAGUACUGGCAAAUUCUGUGGCAGCAGCACUUCCAAGAGCUGUACGCCAAACAGUACCACCACUUUAUGGCCGAACACGCGCACGACGAUCAGAGUACGGGUUGCGGCGAACGAAGCACAAACUCCAAGUACCACAAGCGAAAGCGCAACAGCAAUAGUGGGGCAAACCGGGGCGAGCCAGCCCCCCGUUCCUACCACCAGCAGUUCCAGCAGUCGGAACAUCAGCUACCCGAAAUGGUAGCGGAAAUGCGUCUAUCGCAAGCGGAAGAUGCGACCGACGAGCCUAAGGAUGGGCAGGACGAGCACCCGAGCAGCAGCAGCAAAGACACGCAAGCUGCCAAACCGGCGGAAUCGGUUGAAGAUCUUACGACGGUGCUGCAAUCGUACGGUUUACCGACGGCAUUCGGGAAACCGGCAGGGGACGGAGGCGACGAUAGACCACCGAACGAGAAACCAGUCAAUCUGAAGCGCAGCCACGAGAGUGAUAACGAGGAAACGCCGAAAGAACGCUUGAAGGCGGCCUUCGAGCUGAUGGGAUACUGUUUCUCCGAUCCGGCAAACGAAACCGAAUCGAUCAUAAACAUCUCCGGCGAGGUAGUGUACCGCAAGAAGCACAUUCGGUUGCACAAUCGGGUGUUGAAGAUGAAACACCACAAACCGAAGCACACGUACUUCGACGACGAUGGGAACGAGCUGCCGGCAGCAGGCGGUAUCGAUAAGGUGGACUCUGCCGCUCCGGAAGCACUGCUGCUUCACACCUCUUCCGACGACGACGAUGAAACCAAUCCUGGCACGGUGGGGAGAGCUAGCGUACGCUCGAGCACGAUUCUGGAGUAUAAUCAGCUGCCGGUCACUAUCGAGCGGGACGUUGACUCGCUGGAGAGUGGUGACGGGCCGGGUGAGACGGGUGUGAUCGACCCACCAGCGCUUGCAUCGAGCGAAAGCGGAUGCACCCUGCCUGCGCUAGCGAGCACAAAGAAGGAGAAGAAAAAGAAGCGCAAAACCAAAUUUGUGGCCAGUCUGCCAGCGGACAUUGCGAACGAUCGGUCGCUGCUAAAGUACUGGUACAAGCGGUUCUCCCUAUUUUCGCUGUUCGAUUCGGGCAUCCGGCUGGAUCGGGAGUCUUGGUUUUCGGUCACACCGGAGAAGGUGGCCGCACACACGGCCGAACGGUGCCGCUCGGACCUGAUUGUCGAUGCGUUCUGUGGGUGCGGUGGCAACACGAUACAGUUCGCGUUCAGCUGCCAGAAGGUGAUCGCUAUCGAUAUCGACCCACGGAAGAUUGAAAUGGCCAAACACAAUGCGACGGUGUACGGGGUGGCGGACCGGAUCGAGUUUAUCGUUGGCGAUUUUAUGCAGCUGGUGGAUCGAUUGCGGGCCGACGUGGUGUACCUUUCGCCACCGUGGGGUGGUCCCGGCUAUCUGAAGGAGGAAGUGUACGAUCUGGAGCAAUCGCUGUUGCCCGUGCCGGCCACCCAGCUAAUGCAGGCUGCCCAGCGUGUGAGUAAAAACAUUGCCCUCUACUUGCCGCGUAACUCCAACACGCAGCAGCUGACGAUGCUGGCCGGACCGAACGGAGCGGUAGAAAUCGAGCAGAACUUCCUCGACCGUAAGCUAAUCGCACUGACCGCCUACUAUGGGGAGUUGAUCAACGAAUAGAGCGGGUUAAUUGCAUUUUGUGACGCGCGCGCGCACGAUCACAGUAGUGUAUCAGCCAGAAGAAACACCAACCGACACGACACACAGUCAGUCAGUCAGUCAGUCAGUCAGUCAGUGAGUACCGAUGAGGCACUGACUGCAUUCCGCAAUUUUUAAAACCGUCGAUGCUACAAGGGGCGACACACAAAUGAGAGGUUAUUUGUCUGCUUUGCAGCUACUAGACAAUGGCCGACAUUAUUCGGGUCGAAUAAUAGUAAUAUGAUGGCCGUGUUUUUGAAGUAGCUGUUGUUGUGGCACACGUACUAAGGCAGUAGAAGAGCAGUUCUUUUCGAAAAACCAGUGUUCCAUGUUCUCUGCAUUGGUAGUGAACUAAGCUGUGGUGCAAACGCAAAAUUGGACAGCGAAAAAAAGAAGAAAUUAGCUGGAUUAAAAGGCGAUUUUUGAGAUCAAGAAAUGAAAAUUAAUUCGUAUAGGACAAAAAGGCCAACCAGACAGGAAGAAUGAUGUCUGGCUUCAAAAAAUAAUUUUAAUGAUUUCUACUAACUCGUAGCAUAUAUCGGGUCGAUAUCAUCGUCUGUCCUGAAUUAGAGACUUUUUUUGCCUUUUUUCUCAUAAGUUCAGAGCUUCUUCGGGGAGUACUUGCUAUAUCUGUUUUCUUUCUGGAACGUAAAAAUCGUCUCAACUUUUUGAAUGUCCAGAUUAGCAGUUUUGCGAUGCCCAGCACAUUUACUACUAUAGCACUAUUUUCAUUAGGACAAUCUUGAGUAUAUGGUACUUGACCAAUAACUAAUAUGCAAGUUAGGAACGUUUAUGCAAGAUGGAUUGCGUUUGAGCUUUCGUUAGGAAAAAAAAACAAUACACUUAGGUUAGUGGUUUGUGUUCGUGUUUGAAUAAGUUUCUUCGAAAGUUUAGAGAAUCGUAUAUCUUAAAGCAAUUUUGAUUUUCGGUGUGCAUUGAACGAGAGAAAAUCGAUCGAGAUGGUAGUAGUAGUAACUGUAAGACACAAAAACUUGAACGACAAACGUAAUGAAUUAACACACACACUAUUACUAUUAAAAUUGAUCAAAAACGGUAAUAAAACUUACUUUAUUUCAACAUUA